UGAAAAUUUUGGCAACAAAACAAACUGCGGCACGUUUGUUGACAAAAAUGAUGCCGCUAUUUCACCAUGUAAAAACAUGUAAAUUAUAAUUGACUGUGGAAAGUUAAAAAAAAAAAAGAGAAAUUACCAGAGCAGUCAAGAUGCAGGCAACGAAAUUUUCAGUCUUUUCACAUCGCAUAAGAUUAACAAAUUUUCAUUUUAGAGUAACCUGCGCACCAGUAACUCGAUAUUACAAUGUAGCAUGCUUUGGAGAAAGACUCCAGUCGAAGACAUUCUUUGGCUUUCGUCAGACUUCAUGUUCAGUUAAAAUAGAAUCUCCUUUACUUGUAUCUUAUGCUGGAAAUAGAAGAUUAUCAAGUUCUCCUGCUAAGAAUGACAAAGGUGAUGUACAGGAAACUGAAGAGCCUAUUGAGAAACUUUCAUUAUUUAAACGAUACGAAAAGAUGUUCAAAGAAUAUUGGUAUGUGUUGUUGCCCGUCCAUUUCGUCACUUCAGCUGUGUGGUUUGGAAGCUUUUAUUAUGCAUCAACAUGUGGCCUUGAUAUUAUACCAUUUCUAGAAUAUGUAAAUCUGCCUGAUGUAUUGAUAGCUCCUCUACGUAAUUCUUCUCUUGGACACAUUGCUGUUGCAUCUGCUUUGUAUAAACUGGCUACCCCUGCCAGAUACAUGGUUACUGUUGGAGGAUCAACUUUUGCUGUUAACUUUUUAAAAAGGCGUGGACUAAUUAAGCCAGUGCCAACAAAAGCUGAGAUAAAAACAAUGAUACAAAAGAAACUUAAAAAGGAUGGAGCUUCAGAGGAUAAUUGAUGUAGUAUAUAUUUAUUAUUAUUGAUAAAAAUUUUGUACAAUA